UCAACAAAGAUGGCGACAACACUUCCUGUUCUCAGUUUUCGCUUUUAAUAAAGAUGGUGCUUAUGGUUCAGGUUCCCUAACACUGUGGAUUCCGGUGGCAGUUUUAUUUAUUUAUUUUUUAAGAUACGGGUUUGCAGACGGAGAAAUGGAGGCUAGAGACAAGCAAGUGCUCCGCUCCCUUCGCCUGGAGCUGGGUGCAGAAGUACUGGUGGAGGGACUGGUUCUUCAGUAUCUUUACCAGGAAGGGGUCUUGACAGAAAACCAUCUUCAAGAAAUCAAAGCUCAAACCACAGGCCUCCGGAAAACAAUGCUGCUGCUGGAUAUCCUACCUUCCAGAGGUCCUAAAGCAUUUGAUACAUUCCUAGAUUCUCUGCAAGAAUUUCCCUGGGUAAGGGAGAAGCUGGAGAAGGCGAGGGAAGAAGCCAUAACUGAGCUGCCUGCAGGGUUGGAGGAAAAAAGAAGGGCUGGCAGAAGAAUGGGGUGGGAAGCUGAAGGAAAGUGGAGAGGCCAAGGCCUGAAGUGUCAGACUGUGGGGACAAGGACCUGAAGGAGCCCCGCUUGGCCUCAGGGAUGGGGCCUGGAACUCUGCCUUUCUGAAGCCUGUUGACAACUUCAUCCUAAUUUAGCCUUUUGUGGAAUCUUCCAUGAGAUUCAGUUGCCAGCUUCAGUCUUCCUAGAGAAUGGAGCCUGCCGACUCUGUUAUGAAGUCUCCCCAGAAGGGCUAGCAGAGUGGACCCGUCCUUAGAACUAGGAUAACCCAGGCAUGAAGUGAAAAUCCUCUUCUUUAAGAAAACACGCAGUUCCUCGUACGUGCCUCACCCACCCUCACUCCCACCUCCCUGCAAAAGAAAACACCAGCCUUCAGUGAAAAUUAAAAUUGAUGUCACUGUAACCUUUGGUUAUUCUUUUUUGUUCAUAAAGUGUCUACCUCCUGUUUUAUCUUCAUAAACAACAGAAAUCUUGUUUCUUUCCAGAAAAUCACAAAAGAUAACAAACAGGGACCAGAUUCAAACAGAAUAAAAAUCAUUAGUAAGUCAGAGAGUCUGGCUUCAAAUAGAGAGAAAAGGAAAACAAAAAGAAAAAAAGAAAAAAGAAUGUGUUCUCUCCUUGGCUUUAAAAUGGGUCUUUAGGAGAAAUCAUUUAGGUUACUUGUGGUUUCUUUCUGCAUCAUGCUAACUUACGUUAGUGAGGUGUGAUUUUGAAAGAAUACAGGGUGUUUGGAAAUAGAGACUUUCAUAUUUCUUGGUUUUCCCUUGCUUCCUACAGCAAAACAUGCAGGUAUUUGACUGUGGAGAUACUUGAGCUGAGCUAUUCUGAUUGACUCUGACAAUAGUCAGGACGUAGUAGCAAGUGUGGUGCCCUGGGAUAGGCAGGCACCCUGAUAAAGAACCUGGCUGGCUGCACACACUUCCUUUUCAUGUCUCACUUAUACCCAAAUGUGAAGACCUCAAGCACUGGUAAUAUCGCUUCUUCUUCUUUAAAAAAUGUGUACCCUGUUCAUUUCCAACACAGGUUUAAAGUAUGCACUGAUCUUAACAGGACACGUACAUUCAAAGUAUAUAACAUACAUUAUUUAAAAUCUAAUGCAAUGUGUCAUUUAGGUUUUAUUAAAUUAUCCUGUUUUUAGGAUAUGAUAAUGGGUUAAAUUUGUCGAAACUACUGAGAUUUAGAUUAUCUAGCUUUUGCUAGCAAUGACUAUUUUAUAUUUAAAAAGCUGUUAAGAUUAAAUAUCAAUAUCAUAUAAGUCUUUCUAGGAAGAUAUAAUCAAAAGCAUCAAGGCUGUCUCCUACAGUUGGUGGUUUCUGUUAUCUUGGUCCUCGGAGCUAUGACAGUGUCAUUGAAUUUCAAGAAUUCAAAAAGAUAAAUAAAAAUAAAACUUGAAAUGAGGAAGGGAAAAGAUCCUGGAAAUUAUCUUCUGUUUUUAAAAUAGUUUUUCUCCUCUUAAAAAUAGAAAAAAAAUAUUAUUAUUUUUUAUUUAUUAAGAAAAGAAACCGAGCUUGUACUUUUGAAUUAAUACAAAGACCACUAUUUUAUAGAUAAACAUUAAUAAUCAUUGUAGAGGCUACUAAUUAUAAUUGUCUUUUGAUUUACUGUAAAUAUGCUUUCAACUUUCUUCUUUAUUACCAGUCACCUUCUUGAAUGUUGAAGGCCUUCAUUAAAACAUUUUAAUCAUUUAUUUGAAGCAUCUGCCUUUAGAAGUUUACUGACUUUUAUAGUAUGAAAAACAAACACUUUUAUUUUAGGAUACAAAUUGUAAACAAAAAUGUUACUGGGGGAGUUUGGCCAGAGGCACAAAAAUAUAUAGAAGGAAAGUAUAUUUAACCAACAGUGUGCACAUUUUUACAACAGGGUAUAUGACAUUUGGAUUUAGAGCUUUAACUGGGAGUACCCUCAUGUGUUUAGUAAUGGUUUUUUAAAAAAAUCUUCUGGGGCAGACCCGGAGCUUAACUAGAUAUUUAACUUUAAAAAGCUGAAAUUAAAUAGUGAAAUAGGAAAAUUAGAAUAACUUUUUUAGUAAACAUCUAAAGAUUUCUCCUUUUCUUUAACAUUUCAGUUAAGUUUGAAGAAAUUCUAGAAGUGAUGUACCCAUUAGGUUAUAUGAAAGGAAUUUUGAGGAUCAAGGCUAUCAACAUUUUUCUAUGGCAUGAAGACUCUUAUU